GUGAAUUAUAUGCUGUGUAAACAGUCUAAUUUAAAAAUAAAAACUACAUCAUAAAAAUCAUGACAGAAUCCCUUUAACUUAUGAAACUAGUGUUACUUACUAUUCCCCUCUAGUGGCGAUCCUAAGUAUAGAUUAACAAUUAUUUUAACAAUUCACAUUUUACUGCCUUACAGGCUCUUUAGUCUAAUCGUGAAAUUUUCAGAGUCUAGAUCUAUUUGCUAUACACUUGGCUGCCCAUGUUUGUUUGUUGUGCGUCCAGAUCAAUGAAUGUGAACACUCAAGUUAGUCCUUAAAGGAGAACUAAAGCCUCAUUAAAGAAGUAGCUAGAAAUGCUGUACAUUAGAUUUUGGGCUUCUGUACUAGCCCAUGGCAGCCACAGCCUUUUAGCAGGGAAGAUAUUUACCUUCAAAUAAGCCCCAGUAGCUUUAUUUAUUUAUUGCUUUUUGAGUUGUUCCCUAAACCCAGGUAAGUGACAGUAUCCCAGUGCAUAUAAUACGAGAAUGUAGAAUUAUUCCAAAAAAACUUCCAAUGAUGAUGGAUUAAAAAUAUUUGAUUGUUCUUAUACAUAAUUAUAUGAAUUUAACUGUACAAUUCUUUUUUUUUACAGAGCAGGUACACAGAUAGGAAACGUUUCAGCAAACAAUGCUCUUUAACCUGAACACCACCCACAAAUUACUCUGUACUUGAACAGCAAUUACUGAAAAACUAGUUGUACUACCGAGAAAGCACUUCCAAGGCAAGUGACACAUAUACAAGAACCUUCAGAAUGUUAAAGACUAAAGGCUGUAGUACCCUUUUAAUUUUUGUAGUAACAUUUAUGAUAAGCAUCACUAUUUAUCGGAUAGGAUUCAAGCCUCUGAAAUGUCAUUAUCUUGAUGUUCAAUAUUCCAAGCAACCUGUUACUCCUAAUGACAAUGAACAAAGGAUACUGGACAUAUACAAUUCUAUAAACAACAAAUUUCCCAGUCUCUCAUUUCUGCAUAUCAAUAGUACAACCAGUGCUAAGAACAGCAAAGCAAUCAUACUAGAUCACCGCAAAGAGUACUGUGUUGGAGACACUUUAACCAUCCAACUCGACAUGUUUGAUUAUAAUGGUAAAAAGAAGACUUAUGGAGGAGAUUUCUUAAGAGCAAGAAUUUUUUCCCCAAAACUUGGAGCUGGAGCUUCUGGAGUAAUAAAAGAUUUAAAUAACGGAACCUACCAUGUUCAGUUUACACUGUUCUGGGAAGGAAACAUACAAAUAUCCAUACUAUUGAUGCAUCCUAGUGAAGGAGUGGCAGCAUUAUGGAGAGCACGAAAUUCAGGUUAUAAAAACAUUAAUUUCAAUGGAAAAUUUCUUAAUAAAUCUGAGGAGGUACAGGUACAAUGUGGAUUUCAUUUGGACUCACAAGAAGAAAAAUGUGAAUAUGUUGCCGCUGAAGAAUACUUUUACUGCAUCAAACCCCUUGGAGUACCAUGCAAUGCUUUAAUCUCAAUGAAAAGCAACAACCAACCCCACGCCUAUCUCACUGAAUUGGAGCAAAGUCUGUUUAUUCGAUCAAACAUUGCUGCAGAAAUUCAACAGAACAUCGGAGGCAUUGAUGUUGUAAGUUGUCAAAAAAACAGUGGAGAAGUAAAGCCAAAAUGUUCAGUUGGAAUGUCUCCACCAUUCCCAGGUGGUUAUUUUUUUCACAAUGACUGGCACCCUGUGUUCUGCAACCUUUCUACAUAUGAACCACAGUCUAUUGUGGAAAAAUGUUUGUCUGAUAAAUUAAUUUAUCUUAUGGGAGAUUCAACCAUCCGGCAGUGGAUAGAAUAUUUGCCAAGCAUUAUGAAAGGUCUGAAAUUUUUUAAUCUUCAUGGAAUUGGAUGGCAUAAGACACAUUUAGCUGUGGACCCAAACUUGAAUACUUAUGUUCAAUGGAAAAAACAUGGACACCCAUUUGUAACUUUGAGCUUUUUUACAGUAAAAGAUUAUACUUCUGUCCCUCAAGAGAUAGACCGACUCGCAGGUGGUCGAGACACUGUUAUAGUUAUUGCUCUUGGACAACACUUUCGAGCUUUUCCUAUUACCCUGUUUAUUAGAAGGCUUCUUAAUGUGCGCAAAGCCAUAGAACGACUAUUCAUACGUAGUCCUGAUACAAAGGUGAUAAUAAAAUCUGAAAACACCAGAGAAAUAAACACAGACGUGGAGAGAUUCAGUGACUUUCAUGGCUACAUUCAGUAUGUGUUGGCAAAGAACAUCUUCCGUGGACUGAAUGUAGGAGUUAUUGAUGCAUGGGACAUGACAGUUGCCUCUGGGUCAUUUGAUGUUCAUCCAUCGUCAUCAGUUCUUAAAAGUCAAAUAAACAUGUUUUUGGAGUUUUUAUGUUAAUUAAAUAGGUGAAUAAUGCUGUUUUUUGAGUUUAAAUCUUUAUUUUCAUCUAUAAACACAUAUACAUACAAUAUAUAUAAAUACAGUAUAUGUGUUUACCUUUUAUCCAAUGUAACUCAACCUUAAUCUUAUAUGUCUUUAUCUUAUUAUUUAUAUUACUAUUUUACAUAUUGUAUUUUACUUGUCCUUUUCAGUUGUAGAAUAAUCAGCUUUAUCUAAAAAUGUAAAAACAUUGAAAA